GAGCAUUCAUCUGUCCGUGCGUUUCGUUUGUUCGCGCGUCGCUCGCGUGAUGCAUGCUGGGACGAUAGAAGACCCUGAUAGAAGACCCUGUCGGCCGGCCAAUCACAGGCCGGUGUCGCGCGCGACUUGGCCGCACUACUCGCAGUCCGGAGCCCGAUUCGCCGCGGAGGUACCGUAUCUCUCUCGAGGCCCGUAGGAGCCAACGAGCGCAAAAUCUCCCCGAGUGUGAAACAGCAGCAGCAACCGAACGGCAAUAACGUCGUCCAUCGUUUGAUCACGCGUCUAUCGUCGCGUCUCCAAAUCAUCGUUGUCGCGAAUUGCAACGCGCGCGUUAAAUAACGUAUUCGCGGCUAUUCACGGACCGGAGGGCGAGCCCGUUUGUGAUCCGCCGGAGACAGUGUCAACGAGACAAGGACAAUAGAAAAAAUGUCGGACCGAAAGGCUGUAAUCAAGAAUGCAGAUAUGUCAGAGGAGAUGCAGCAGGAUGCUGUAGACUGUGCUACUCAAGCACUUGAAAAAUAUAAUAUAGAAAAGGAUAUUGCGGCAUAUAUCAAGAAAGAGUUUGACAAGAAGUAUAACCCAACGUGGCAUUGCAUUGUAGGACGUAAUUUCGGUAGCUAUGUGACGCAUGAAACAAGACAUUUUAUCUAUUUCUAUCUGGGUCAGGUAGCCAUUCUCCUGUUUAAGAGCGGAUAAGCUGAUUUCUAUUCUCUUUUCUCCAUCCUUCCUUUUCUCCUCCCUUCCUCCCUUCCUUUCUCCUCAUCUUCUCGCUCACUAUGCGAAAACAAAAGUUUACAUUUAAAAUCACCAAACAUGUGUAAAAGGACCUUCAGUAUGUGUAUGUAUACAUAACAAAAAUUUCUUUUAAAACUAAUGCAUGCGCCCGAUAAAUGAGCGAUAAAAGAAAUGUGAACGUUCUGACUUGAAUACUGUUUAUCGUUAUGUAAGUGGGAGUAUAAAACACGGAUAAAUUCUGUGGAGAAACUUUGAAGGGUAGGGAAAUGAACUGGAAAGCAAAAAAAAUGAAUAAGAUGACAUACAACCUUACAUGUUACAUGUACUUUGUAUGCCAACAAGUUUGUUGUGUUGUUUUAUAUUAGGUAAUAUGCAAAACGGUUGAGUUCAAUACUGGCGAUUUUAAAUUAGCAAAUUUUAGCGUAAUUGUUUAAUAAUAGUGUUCAAGAACACUAAGUGCACUAUAUAUAUAUAUAAAAUAUAUAUAUAAAUAUAUACUUCGCGUUAGGUGGAUUCGCAAGUGAAAUAUUUUGCUUGAUUCUCUACACAAAUGCGAGAAUACACAGUACCCAGUAAGGUAAUCGCCAAUAAUGAAUGUAACUCCCGCUCGUGAUUGAUUGAAACCGUUAUUUUAUAUUAUUUGAAAAAAAACCAUCAUAUUGUAUCCCUUAUGUACUGCGCAUCGAUCAUAACCGAUUCCUUAUAUUUACUUUAACAUGACAAUUUCGGUUAGUUUAAGGACUUUCAAAAGGAUCGAAAAAAAGGAAAAGAAAAGAAAGCUCAAUCUCGUCGUACGAUGAUACCGUCGUACACGUAAUACUCUAACAACUUUUUUUCCAUGUAAAACUAACAUGCUAUUGAAUAACGAUGUACGACUCGUUCAUUGCUACCUUCACAAUUUUUUAUAUUGUGCACAGAGACUAAUGCAAGAAGUUUUAUCUCGAGGCGAUGUAUACUUAGGGAAAAAACUAUUCGUUUCCAGAAAGAGAGAGAGAGA